AUGUCUAUACUUGGCCUAGUGGGUCCAAGUGGGAUUGGAAAAUCCACACUUGCUCGUGUAGGGUACAAGGAUGACAAAUAUUUGAGUGGAAAGAAAUUGCUUCUUGUGUUGGAUGGAUGUUGGUCUGUUCGUGACUGGGAGAAACUUCGACCUUGUUUCGAAUUUGCUGCAAGUGGGAGUGCCAUCAUCCUAACCACGAGGACAACCAAGGCUGCAUUACAAAUGCUUGUGGGUCAUGUUCUGCAUCUAAGUUUCUUGUCCAUGGAGGAUUGUUGUUCUACUCAGCUAGAAGUGGUGGGAAAAAGGAUCUUGAGCAAAUGUGGGGGUGUGCCUCUGGCUGCUAAAAUGCUUGGGGGUCUCUUGCAUGAGAAAGACUACAAGGUUUGGGAGGAGAUACGGAGGAAUCAACAAUGGGAUGAACCUAACAUUGAUCUUGCCGCACCAUUUGUAAGAUUAUGCUAUCUUUCUCUACCUAUACAAUUGAAAACAUGCAUAACCUACCUUCCCAUCGGGGGAAUGAUGGUGGCUACUUCAUUUCUCAUAAAUAGUGGUGGUGACGAGGAUUUUACAAUGCAUGACAUAGUUCGGGAUGUAGCCGGUUCAUCUGAGCUCGAAGACCCUGAACAUAUCCCCUUGAAGGAUAAUGUUGACAUUGCCAACACAACUCAUGGUCUUGACCAACAAUCUCCAGAAUUUGAAGUCAAAUUACAUAUAACUACAAAUGAUGUUGUCCAACCUUCUUUCGAGUCUCCGACUCAUUUUGAUACACUGAGAAUUUGGGAUGCAUCACAGCUGGUGGAAUUACCACCAGAACUGCACAGGCUUAGAAUUGAAGGGUGUCACACUUUCAAGUCCCUGAAACAUGUUUUGAUGGACAGAAGCACCAACCUCUUUGAAUUGUUUAUAAUUGAUUGUUCCUUUCUUCAGUACUUUACCGAUGAAUCAUGCCCCACUUCCUUAAGAACCCUUUAUUUGCUUAAGUGCGGAAAAUUAGAUUUCCUCCUGUCUCUUGAGAAAAUGCAAAAUUUUAAAUUCUUGGAACAUUUGUUCAUUGGUUUUAGCUGCAAUAAUCUGAAGUCUUUUCCAAUGAACCUUUUUCCAAAACUUAAAAUUCUUUGCAUAUGGGAUUGUCCCAAUGUAGAGUCCCUUUCUAUAGAGGAAUGCCAAGAUCAUGAUCUAUCACUUGAGUCUUUGGAAAUUCGGGAUUGCUCCAAUAUGGUGUCCUUCCCAUUAAUGGGGUUGCGGGGCCUACCUUCUUGUCUGAAGCUGCUUUCGAUUGCCUUCUGUGACAAACUUAUUCCACAAAAGGACUGGAAUCUACAGGUGCUUCACUGUCUUCAACGUUUUGAAAUUGAAAGUGGAUGUAUGGGCUUGAGGUCAUUUCCAAUGAAAGACCUUUUGCCUGUAAACCUUAAGUCUCUAUAUAUCAGCAAAUUCGCAAGUUUAGAAGUCUUGGACCACAAUGGCCUUCAGCAGCUAGCAUCCCUUAAGUCUCUGGAGAUCAACUGUUGUAUAAAACUGCAUUCCUUGCCAGAAUUUUUGCCUUCUUCCUUGACUUCCUAUGCAUCAAAGAAUCCCCAAUGCUGUCUCAGAAGCUCUUGA